UAGGACGCCGCAGUCACCAUGUUGCAGCAGCUGCUGCUGCUGCUGCUGGUUGGUAAUACACUUGCCUCUCAUUUUUAUGGCACAAUGAUGACCUACUACCCAAAGGAAACCCAAGUAGAUGGAUCUGUCACAGUUGUGGUGCGUUUUAAGACAGCCUAUGACUCGUGCCAGUAUUCAAAUAGUUGGAUUUGCAGUGGAAAUUGUGGCAGUGAAAAUGUGACAGCACAUGAAAUUCAGAAUGUUACAAAUGAGAACUGGUGCCAGAAGGAAGAAAUCAUGACCCGAGUGCUUCCCAACAACACUGGAUUUACAUUGCGAUUUUCUGGUGGAAACUGGAUAAACAACAUAAGAAAUGGUGUUGUAUUAUGGGGUGCAGUGACUCAAGUUGAACUAAGAAACCGUUCUGAUACCGGCAAAGCAAACACUUCUCCUCAAACCACAAUUCUGCCAUCAGUCAGAGUUCCUUCAAACUGUCCAAGAGAUUACAGUUUGCUGGCCUUUGAUCCAGAUGGAGAUGAAGUUAAAUGCAGAUAUGGAAACUCUCCUGAGGAGUGUGCCAACUGUAACACACCCAGUGUUCUCACACUGUCACCAGAUUGUACUCUGUCAUUCAGCCCCACCUCAACUAGCAAUGAAGGUCCAUAUGCAGUGCAGCUGGUGCUGGAGGACUUUCCCAAGCAGAACAUCAGUCUGACUCAAACCAACGGUUCUCAGGAACUAAAAACUACCAACCAGGUCAUCAGCAAGAUUCCCCUUCAAUUUGUUUUAAGAGAUUACUUUUGGGCUAGAAAACCGUGA